AUGGAAAUUGCGCGCUGGUUUUGGGACGCCGCGGCGGGAGUAGCAGGAGCGGCCAGAGCGGGAGAAGCGGAAGGGGCGGAAGGAGCUGCGGAAGGAGGGGCCGGCGGAAGCCAGAUCGGCAAUUCGACUGAGGACGCAACGACGGUGACAGCGAUCGGACGCACGGCGGCGGAGCCGGCGAUUGACACGUGUAGCGGCGCCAGCAGCAGCGCCAUCGCGUUGGGCGGCGACGCGGCGGCGCCGGCGCGGACGACGCGUUUCCUAUCGGCGCGCAGCGAAGGCGGUGACGGCGAGCGGCGCGCUCGCGACGUGCUAAUCGUGAAAGGGGGAAGGCCGUCAGCUGAUGCUCGGGGUGGCGGAGGCGGCGUGUUCCGCAAGAAGCAGCGGCGGGGGAAGGGCAGGCGGAGCGUGUUCGUGUACGAGCUGGUGCGCGCGCCCGCGGGGGAAGGCGGGGAUUCUCAAAUGCACGUUCCGCGCGCGAGAACUGCAGGGGCGGCGUUGAGCGGCAGCACUGGCGUGCGGGAGGCGGAAAGCGGGGAAGGCGGAACGGGGAAGGCGCAGGGUUGGCAACAGCGGUCGCUGGAUCGAAGCGACACGCAUAGCGACAUUGCUGACGUGGACGAAUGGCGGAGGGAGAUGGAAAAGUACAUCGCGGAGAAGGGAAGGCGCGCGAGCCUCGAAGCCGCUCAGCAUGAACGACGUGCGAGGCUUGAUUCGGUUCCGAAGGAAACGGGGCAAAAGGAUUUUCUAAAGGAACGGCAACUCACGAGAGAGGAAACGGGAAGUGGCAGCACGGACGGGGAGCAACACGAACGGGAUAACGGCAGUGGCGGCGGCGGUAGCUGGGGUUUGCGUGACAAUGACGAUGAUGACUCGUUAGCUAGCGGCCGUCCUUGCAACGCAUAUGGCGGCUGUGACGAGGUAAUUCUCCCGCGAGGGGGAGCGGAAUCCAGUGCAAACAGCAGCUGGCGCGAUACAUGCAGCGAGGGGGAGGCGGGGAUUGACCGGUGGGAUUUGGAUGCGGAUAUGAAGGCACACCAUAGCGAGGAUGAAAGCAGCGCCGUGCUGUCCGCAGCGACGAGUGGCCACGGCGAAGACGCGUGGGGCGUGGAGGGAAGCAGCGGCAGCAAGGAGCAGCAAGCGCAGUGGCAGGGGCGUGCCGAAGUAGUCGUAACAGAGUUGGGAGUGGUUAGGAGGGACGAGGAUUGGUUCGAAGAGGCGGAGGAGGGCGUGUUGUUGGUGGACGAGGGGCGUGUUGUGCUAGCAACGGCAUCAGCUUCUGGGUCAGAGAGUGGCGAGCGCAGCGGAAGCGGAGAACAGGAGAAGGCGCGUGGCUGUGUGGGAGCAUCCACACGCGCUGCUCGUCCCGCAGCAACUGCGUCUGCAACAUCUCUCCACACAAAUGCAGCAGUCCCUUCCGCUGCGCCGCCCCGUGCCGUCCGCCAAGCCAGCAGGGCCGCCGUCGCCCGAGCUGCAGCACAGGCGUUCGACAUGCAGACGGGCAGGAGAGGCGACGGUGACGGCAGUGAUGGCAGCACCGGCAGUGGCAGCGACCGCAGCAGCAGGGAGGGUGAGCGACCCGUGCUGCUGCGCUGCGAGGGCGUGCGCGGGAGCAACCGCGUGCGCGCGUUUGACCCCACCGAGUACCUCCCCGUGCCCGCAGCUGCUGCCCCCGCAACACCACCCGCAGCAGCACCAGCACCAGCAGGAGCAGCAGCCACAGAAGCUGUGCCUGAGAGCCGUGAGACGGAGGAAGGCGAGAGUGAACGCCAGGGGUAUGACGCGGUGUUGACGUCAGCAACGGCGGGAAAGGCCCAGCACGUGGCGGCGGCAUGGUGGCAGUUGGGCGGGGCUGAUAAGAGCACCACCAGCGGGCAGGGAGGCAGGCGGAAGAGCAGUAGCAGCGCGGUGAGCAGGGGGCGGUCGAGACCGGUGGGACCCCCACCCACUCCCCAGAGUCCUGAUGAUGACACACGCAUGGAAAGCCGCACUUUGCACUUGAUAUCCCCACCUGCUCUCCCUUCGCGCGCGUCAGCAGCGUCAUCGUCCUGCCUCCCACCUUCCCCGCGCCUCCCGCCCUCCCCACGCCUACCGCCGUCCCACGGCCUGAGAAGGCAGCAGUCCGCUGCUGCCUCGCUUGCUGCGGUGGAGGCGAGUCAGCGGCAGAGUGAGAGGCAGGUUGACACCACGGGAGUGCGGGAGGAGCGCGGGCGAGCAGCGGUGGUUUUCCACAAGAGCAGCAGCACUGGCAGCAGUGGGGGAGGAGGAGGCGUCAGUGGCACCCAGCCGAAGCGCAUUGCCCAUAGCAUAACCUACCACCCUGGAGGCAACACAAAGACUAGCCUGGCCACUGCUGGCAGCAGCAGCAGCAGCAGCAGCAACAACAGCAGCUGCACUCACAGCCACACCCCACCUUCCUCCUCCACCUCUCGCCCCUCUCCCCCGCUCCCUUUGUCACCUCCACCCGCGUCCCUCGCUGACGUGGCAGCCCAGGAGGAGGAGGCGAGCUUAAGGGAGCUGGAGCAGCAGUUGGAGAGGGAGAGGAGGAGGAGGGACGUGGAGGAGGAGGAAGAGUUGUUGGCAGUGGCUGGUGAGAGGGGAGUGAGGGAGGUGCGAGUGAGGGAGGGCGAGUGGGAGGAGGGAGAGGCUUGGAUGGUGAAGAUGCCGGGAAGGGGGGAGUCGAGGAGGUUGGAGGAACUCUACACACGGCAGGAGAGGCAGGCGCGGGAGCAGCGAGAGCAAAUGGAGGAGAGGGAGCAGAUGGGUGUGUGUGUGAAGCAAGAUGCGGGAAUGGUGGAAGCAGCGAUGCCACCCAUGCGACGGUCCAGGACUGACACAAGGCAGGAGAGGCGGGCGCGGGAGCAGCGGGAGCAGAGGGAAUCAAUGGGUGCAUGUGCGAAACAGGAUGUCGGAACGGUGCCUGCACCACCUCCCAUGCGACGCUCACGGACUGACACGAGGCAGGAGAGGGGGAUGAGGGCACGGCAGCGGGCAGCCCCGGCGCCAGCAGUGAGAAGGGGCGGAAGCGGAAGAGAGGGGAGUAGCGGGCGGGAGGGGAGCAGCGGGUGUGUGUUGCGGCGAGGCAACACACAGCCGAGCAGGCGGAUGGAACGUGAGGGGGUGCCCCGGCGGAGGGAGGGAGACCUGCUCAUCCGCACCCAUGCACUGUGA